AAGCGUCAAGUUUGCUAUGCCAAACAAUACUACAUUUGUAUUACGCAUUUACGAGUUUGCGUGUUGAGCGUACAUUUGAACUGAUAAGAUUGCUGAAUCAUUACUAGUAGUGUCAUUUCAGUAGAAAUUUGUUUUCUAGAAGUAUUAGUCACCGAUCAGCGACCAAUACAAAAAAUUUCAACGUUGUUCAGAGAUGAAUCGUGUCGAUUUAAAAGUGGUUUUAUUGGGUCAUGCAUCAGUAGGAAAAACAAGCCUCGUGGAACGUUUCGUAAAUGAAAGGUUUAACGAGAGUCUAUCUUAUCAAAAUACUAUAGGCGCUGCGUUUGCAGCUAAGCAAAUAGAGAUCGAUGGAAAAAAGCUUAUCAUGGGAAUAUGGGAUACAGCUGGCAGUGAAAAAUAUGAUGCUAUGACUAGAAUAUAUUAUCGUGGUGCAAAAGCUGCUGUUGUAUGUUAUGAUCUUACAAAAUCAGUUACAUUUCAAAGAGCAAAAUUUUGGAUAAGGGAGCUCAGAAGUAUUGAAGAAGGUUGUAAAGUAUACAUUUGUGCUACAAAAAAUGAUAUCUUAGAGCACAAUGAAGUUCCAAGUCUUGAUGUAGAUGUUGUAAAAACAUAUGCCACAGGCAUUCAAGCUAAGUUUUUUAUAACAUCUAGUAAAACUGGAGAAAAUGUUGGGAUGGUAAGUAAAGUUUAUAAAGAAGCUGCUGUGCAUAUCUACGACCAUUUAAAUGUAAUAUAG